AGUAAAAAUACGCAACACAAGCUAGCAGCACCUUGCAUAACUUGCUUGAAAUAGACGGUUGAUGGUUGGUGGACAAUCCAACAGAACGCUUAGUCAGUUUUGAAUUCACGCGCUUGGUAGACGCGAGAAUAAAACUUUUUUCGGUGUAGUGUAUCGACGAUAGAGUACAGACAUGCCGUCUGGUAGCAAUGACGACAAUGAGGUCAAGUCACAGCUUGACCUUGGUGAGCCUCCCCAACACGUUUUGGACUGGGCCAAAGAGAAUAUAAGAGAAAAUCCGGAAACUCGAGAUCAAGUAAUACAAGAAUUCAGGGAUAUGAUAUUCGAAAGAGGUGAAUGUACACCACACAGAACAGAUGAUGUGUAUUUGCUCCGUUUUUUGAGAUGUCGUAAUUUCAGUAUAGAAGGGGCCCACAAACUGUUAUGCAAUUACUACGAAUUCAAAGAAAACAACAAGGAUUUUUUCGAAGGAAUCUCCUUAGAAAAUCUUGAAAUUUUGGGACACGAUGAAAUAAUUACAGUACCACCUUACAGAGAACAGACAGGAAGAAGGAUAUUGCUUUAUAGAAUGGGUAAUUGGGAUCCAGAAAGUGUUACGGUCACAGAACUUUUCCAAGCCAGUCUUCUUAUUAUGGAAGUAGGGGCUUUAGAGCCAAUGAAUCAGAUCCUUGGGGGUAUUUGUAUUUGGGAUCUUGAAGGGGUUUCCCUCGGUCAAGCUUGGUACUUAACCCCUAGUAUUGCUUACAAAAUGAUGGAAAUAAUGACGACAUCCUUUCCCAUGAAGGUUCACGCUUUCCAUAUUGUGAAUCAGAACUGGCUGUUCGACAUGGGAUACAACAUUUUCAAACCAUUACUUACCAGCGACAAAAUGCGCCAAAGAUUGCACAUCCACGGAAGAAAUUACGAAGAAUUGCACAAACAUAUCGAUCCGAAAUAUCUACCGAAAAGGUAUGGGGGAGAACUAGAGGAAUAUAACAGUUUUUACGACUGGUAUGUCACUGUGAGGAAGGAGGUGAAAGUCUUGAGAGAAUUGAAACGUCUCGGCUAUUCUGACGAGAAAGAGGAGGCCAAACUGGAUGAAGAGACCAGAAAAGCUAUAAACGCACCAUUCGACUAGAAAAUUUCAUUAUAAUAAGUAACAGAUGUACAAUAAACUUAAGACUGUACUUAUUGUGAUUCCACAUAGAUGAUUCCAAUGAAAGAUUUGUAAUUUAUAGGUUCGAUAAUAAAAACACUCAAAA